AUGAUUGUCAAGAAUGUGGCGGCACCACCAAAGUGUGUGGUUUGCCUCAAAGUCAUCACGGGCGUGGUACUGGAAGGGCCUCAAUGUAGCCACACGGUUGACUACGAGUGCCUCGUGACGUACAACGCUCAAUAUCUGCGCAAUAUUCGAUCCCGUGACUUGCAGUGCCCAGCGUGUUCGCAGCCGUUCCCAGUCCCUGAUGAGCUAACCUUCAGUGAUGAGGAAAACGACGAAGGAUCGGAAGAAAACGCCUUUGAGUAUGAAGAACCGGAUGAAGAAUCAGAAUCAGAAGAUACGCAAGACGAUGGAGACAACAGUGUCGACGAAUAUCACGCGAGUGACUUCAACAGCUCUACUGACAGCGAUGAGGAUUACGCCCCAUAA